AUGGAAGCUCCUAACCCGACAGUCGAUCUCCAUUGGGGGGAAUUUCGUGGAGCUAUCCACGAGAUCUUUGCCCAGAAUGCCAAGAAGUUCCCCGACAGAGAGUGUGUCGUGGAAACCAAGAGCUCUCGCACCAAGGAGCGCGUCUUCACAUACCGGCAGAUCAACGAGAGCGCCAAUCUGCUGGCACACCACCUCCUGGACCAUGGAUGUGCAGUGGGCGAUGUCGUCAUGAUAUAUGCAUACCGAGGAGUCGACCUCGUGGUGGCCUAUAUGGGUGCUCUCAAAGCCGGUGCGACCGUCAGCGUGAUCGAUCCGCAGUACCCUCCCGAACGGCAGAAGGUGCUGCUGGACAUUGCGAGGCCCAAGUUCCUUGUUUGCAUCGAAAUGGCGAACAAGGAAUCCGGUCCGCUUUCGGAGGCCGUUCUGGACUUUGUCGCAAGCAGCUUGAGCCUCAAGUCGUCCAUUCCUGCUCUCGCCCUAUGCGACAACGGAGAGCUGCGCGGAGGUAUCGUCAACGGCAAGGACUGCCUAGAUGCCUCAGUCUACAGCCGCGAGGACCCAGUCAAUGUCGUCGUAGGGCCGGAGUCAGUCCCUACUCUGUCGUACACCAGCGGUUCGGAAGGCCGGCCGAAGGGUGUGUUGGGCCGGCACUUCUCCCUGACGCACUACUUUCCUUGGAUGGCGGAACGAUUUGGCCUUUCGGACCAAGACAGGUUCACGAUGCUGUCUGGAAUCGCUCAUGAUCCAAUUCAGCGAGACAUUUUUACGCCACUCUUUUUGGGUGCCAAGAUCAUCGUUCCUCCGAUGGACGUGAUCGCCUACGAGCUUCUGGCCGAAUGGAUGAAGGAGAGCCGCGUCACGGUGACGCACUUGACUCCCGCCAUGGGGCAGAUCCUUGUGGGAGGCGCCACCGCCUUGAUCUCCUCUCUCCGAAAUGCUUUCUUCGUGGGCGACCUAUUGACCAAGAAGGACACGGCGAAGCUGCGGAACCUGGCGCCGGGUGCGAGUGUCAUCAAUCUUUACGGAUCGACCGAAAGCCAACGGGCGGUCUCUUACUUGGAGAUUCCGAGCAAGGCCCGGGAUCCUCUGUUCCUAGACAGCCUUCCCGACAUUAUACCGGUCGGGCAGGGCAUGCUCAAUGUCCAGCUCUUGGUGGUGGACCGGGAUAACCCGAAGCGGCUGUGUGAUGUUGGUGAGCAGGGAGAGCUGUUUUUGCGAGCUGGCGGUCUCGCCAAGGGAUACCUCGGAGACGACGAGAAGACGGCGGAGCUGAACCGGUCCAAGUUUCUGGCCAACUGGUUCGUCGAUUCUCCCGUGCCGCAGGAUCGUCUGUACAAGACCGGCGACCUUGGCCGGCGCCGGCCUGACGGAAGCGUCGAGUGCACGGGCAGAAUCGAUUCGCAGGUCAAGAUCCGUGGUUUUCGCAUCGAGCUGGGAGAAAUCGACGCCCACCUGUCACAACACCCUUAUCUUCGCGAGAACGUCACAUUGGUGCGGAGAGACAAGAACGAGGAGCACACGCUCGUCACCUAUUUCGUUCCCGAGACCAAGCGUUGGUUCCAACAUCUCCAGCAACAAGGCGGACAGCUCCAGGUGCAUUCUCCGGACGAGUCGAUCAGCCAGAUGCUUCGACAAUUCAAGUCCCUGUCUGAGGACUGCAAGAAGUUCCUUGCUACCAGACUCCCUAAAUAUGCUGUUCCCAGCCUGUUCAUCCCUUUAGCUCGGAUGCCAUUGAAUCCCAAUGGAAAGAUCGACAAAGCCGCGCUCCCGUUCCCAGAUGAGGCAGACCUCAGCUUCCUAUCCAAGAGGAGAGCGUCGUCCGUGUCUGUCAACAUGACCGAGACCCAGAAGACUCUAGCGUCAAUCUGGGCGUCGGUGCUUCCCAACUGCUCCGCACGGAUGCUCAGACCGGAGUCCAACUUUUUCGAUGAAGGAGGACACUCGAUUCUCGCGCAGCAGAUGUUUUUCCGCAUCAACAAAGAAUGGAAGCACACCGAUGUGCCCAUUCGAGCAAUUUUCCAGUCCCAGACGCUGGAGGCGCUUGCUGCCGAGAUUGACCGUGCCCAAGACCCCAUCGGCCUGCGUCUGGAUGCGAUGCCUCUGGAUGUCGACGCCAAGGGCCAGGACGAGGCGUAUGCCGUGGACGCGCGCGACCUCGCCGGUCAGCUUCCCAAGACCAUCCCCACAGCAGCAACGACGUGGGAUUCUGCCUCGGCCGCCCCUACGGUGCUCCUGACCGGUGCCACUGGCUUCCUGGGCUCCUACAUCGUGCACGAACUGCUCGAGGGUCCUACCCAGGCCAACGUGGUGGCAGUUGUUCGUGCCAAAGAUCCAGUGGCCGGGCUUGCCCGUUUGGAGACUGUCAUGAAGGCCUACGGUCUCUGGUCUCCGGCAUGGAUCGCUUCGUCCAGGAUCGAGGUUGUAGUCGGAGACCUGAGCAAGCCGCACAUUGGCAUUGAUUCCAACACGUGGGAGCGCCUAAGUAACACAGUCGAUGUCGUCAUCCACAACGGCGCCCAGGUGAACUGGAUGCUGCCGUACUCGGUGAUGCGGCCUGCCAACGUGCUGAGCACACUAGCCUGCAUCGAGCUGUGUGCUGUAGGCAAAAAGGCCAAGAGGCUGGCGUUUGUGAGCUCGACCUCGACACUCGACAACGACCACUACGUGCAGCUCUCGUCUGGCCCGGACGGAAAGCCGGUUCCCGAGGCCGACGAUCUUGAGGGCAGCCGCAAGGGCCUCGGCACUGGGUAUGGACAGUCGAAGUGGGCGAGCGAGUAUGUGCUGCGCGAGGCCGGACAGCGUGGUCUUGUCGGUGCGAUAAUCCGCUCCGGCUACAUCACGGGUGACCCUGCAACGGGCACCUCGGUGACAGACGACUUCCUGGUCCGGCUCUGGAAGGGCUGUCUGCAGGUGGGCGGACGCCCUGACAUUUCCAACACGCUCAACGCUGUUCCGGUCACACAGGUGAACCGCAUCGUCGUCUCUGCGGCCUUCCACAUGCCGAAGGCCACGGGCCAGAACAUGGCGGUGGCCCAGGUGACCAGCCAUCCGCGUCUGACCCUGAACGACUGGAUGGGCGCCCUGGAGGUGUAUGGGUAUGCGGCUGCACGCAUUCCGUACCAGGAUUGGGCCGCCAAGGUCAAGGAUUACGUCAGCGACGAUACCCAGACCGAGCCUCACGCUCUGUUGCCUCUCUUCCAUUUCGUCGUCGGGGACCUGCCAGGGAACACCAUAGCGCCCGAGCUGGAUGACACCAAUGCUCUGGCAGCACUGGACCUGUACGCAAAGGAAACAGUGACAAGAGGGGCUGCGCCGGCCUCGUCUGUCCAUGCGGUCAAUGCAGAGGCACUGGGUUCGUAUUUGGCGUACCUCGUUGCUGUUGGGUUUAUCCCUGCCCCUCCUGUCACAGCUGAGAGCGGUAAGACUCCGCUACCACAGCUGAGCGAAGCUGCGUUACAGAACAUAGCUGCCGGGCAGUUUGGUGGCAGGUCUGCCAAGCCGUAA